AUGUCGUUCCAAAUUCCUCAGCCCCCUGGAGUUCCGAUACUAGGAAAUGUGUUUGAUGUCAACCCCAACGAGACAUGGAAUUCAUUGAUUAAACUCUCGGAGAAGUACGGACCGAUAUUCAAAAUCAAUGCACUAGGUAAACAAAUCGUCUUCGUCAGUAACGUUGCUCUGCUCGAGGAGAUUUGCGAUGAGCGACGCUUCCGCAAGUGUGUCACAGGCCCAGUCGUGGAGAUGCGCAAGUGCGCGAAUGACUGUUUAUUCACCGCAUACGACAACGAGAAGAUAUGGGGUGUCGCCCAUCGUAUCAUGAGCCCGUACGUUAGCAAGACCGCGACAGACAAUUGCUUCAACGAUAUGGCAAAUGUGAUUUCGGACUUGACAACGAAGUGGACAUCGGGAACGAAGAAGCGGGUUCUCUUCACCGACGACCUUGAUCGCCUGUUGAUGGCUUCGGUCAUGCAGUGCUUCUACGGCCAGCGCGCGGAGCUCCUCGAAGGCCCCGAACCUCCUCUAGUCAAAGCCUGGGAGCGUAUCACAAUGGAAGCAAUGAAGCGGCCCACGCGCCCGAAGAUGCUCACCUGGAUUCUGUACCAGCGUGGUUGGGAUAAUGAUAUCAAGACGAUGCGUGAUUUCGCGACCGGAAUCAUCAAGCACCGGAAGGAGAACCCUGACGAUUCUCGCAAUGACCUGCUGGACGGUCUGCUCAACAACACGGAUCCGCAAACAGGAGAGAGACUCUGCGACACAUCAGUCGUCGACGAGGUGGUAACAAUGUUCAUCGGCGCCGCGACAGCACCGAAUCUUGUCUCAUAUGCACUGUAUUACUUGAUGAAGAACCCCGAGAAGAUGAAGAAGGCAAGAGCCGAAAUUGAAUCGAUCGUCGGCCCAAAUGAGAGGAUCCAGCUAGAGGACCUCAAAAAGAUGGAAUACUGCGAAGCCAUCAUCCGCGAAUCACUUCGUCUCUCUGCCGCAGCGCCCGGUUUCAAUAUCGAACCUCUUCCAUCAAAAGACCAGAGACCGGUCAUGCUUUCAGGAGGAAAAUACCAGAUCCCCCACAACCAAGCCAUGAUUGCCAUUCUCCACACGGUUAAUCGUGACCCUGCGGUCUUUGAAGACCCGGAAGCCUUCAUCCCCGAGCGCAUGCUGGGUGAGAAAUGGGAUAAUCUUCCAAAGGCAGCGAGGAGAGGCUUUGGAAAUGGCAAGCGUCAGUGCUAUGGUACGCAGUGGGCCUGGCGAUGGUCAAUUCUCACCAUCGCUAGUAUACUCAAGGAUGUUUCGUUUGAGUUGGAGGAUCCGGAUUAUGAGCUCACUUCUAAUGGAGCGUUUAGCGUGAAGCCAUUGGAGUUCUAUGGUCUUGUCAGUCCUAGGAGGUAG